AGCACGGAAAAAUCUGGAGGAGGAAAAGGGUCGUUCAUCACGGAUCACACGGACGUGGACGACCGGGCCCCGAACCAAAAGAGCGAAUGAUAGAAUUGCCACGUCAGCAUGUACUCGCGCGUGAAUCGUCCUAAAAAAGGCGUGCUGUGAGCGAGUGAUCGCCACACCACCGCCCACCUUUCUCGUCUUGCUUUGUUCUGCUCUUCAUCAAUGGCGCUUCCCACUCGUCUUGCCUUUGCCUUUACCCCCUCCCUCUCUCUCUAGUCUCUUCAUCGGCUCCUCGCGUGUAAAAAGAGAACAUAGAGAUAAGACCCCAGGGAAGAACAGGUGUUGGUGUUCUUGACGCUAUCUACCGUAAUGGAAGAGAGGUGGGCGAGGGGCAGAAAUAGGAGCGGUCACCAGAAUCCCUCCUUCUCCUCCACCCUCCUCGACGCUAUCUACCGCUCCAUCGAUGAGUCCGACGGCGGUGGCGCCACCCACGCUCCUAUCAUCGUCCCGAAGCGCCCUCCGCCGCUCCUGCGGCCCCCGGUGGACCGGCGAACCGCAGGGGCGGCAGACGAGAGGGCGGCAACCCGUCGCCGCCCGUUUGUGCCCAUCUCCACCUCUAGCUCCUCCGAAAAGUCCAGCUACGGCGGCUUCUCCUCCUCCUCUGAGCCCGACUCGGCGGCGACCCGGCUCAGGCCAAUCCGGACUGCCGGGCCGCCGAUCCAUUCGGCCCCUCCUCCGCCCGCAGCGGCGUCGUUCGACCGCCACGAGGAGGAUGAAAAGAAAAAGAAGAAGAAGACGAGCUCGAUCCGCGGCAGGCUUCGGGACAUGAAAAGUUCCAGGUCGGCGGCGCCGGCUUCGCCUGGGGCUCGCCUUGCUGGCUUCCUCGGCUCUCUAUUGUCGGCGGUGUCGGGGACCCCGAGAAGGCCGACGUCCACCGCAAGCGGAUGCGACGACUCCGCCUGCUCCACGGCGUCGUCCCACUCGCGAUCGUGCCUCGUCAAGAAGCCGUCGACGAGGGAGCGAGCUCCUCCAGCGGAGGGGGGGAAGCGAUCGGUGAGGUUCUAUCCGGUGAGCGUGAUCGUCGACGAGGACCUGCGGCCGUGCGGGCAUAAGAGCGUUUACGAGGCGGAUCGGGCAGCGGAGACAUCGUCGCGGCGGCCAUCGUCGGCGGCAAUGGAAGCGAGGAGGAGGGUGGAGGAGCUCCUGAGAGGGAUGGAGGAGGAGGAAGAAGAGGAGACGAGCGAUUCGAGCUCCGAUCUGUUCGAGUUGGAGAAUCUGACGGUUAUCGGAAUGGCAGGGGGAGCAGUGCACAGUGAUGAGCUUCCCGUGUACGAAACCACCCACCUCGACACGAAUCGCUCCUUUUCGCAAUCUCAACGCUUCCUUCAAAUAUAAGGUGGUGUUUUAUGAUAAGAGGGCUUGAGCGUUUGCCGUUGGUCUGUUUUGGCUUCUCACUGUUACAUAGUGGUUUCUGGGGGUUAAGUGGGGAUUAAUCACAUAUAUCUCUGGUUUAUGUCAUCGUUAUCUGAUCCCUCUUUGUAGGAUUUAUUUUGGUUUUGUAGCUGUCAGCCAAUAAAAUCUAAAUUAACCAUA